GGAAACGGCAACAACAUGGAGCGUGUGCCUCCAAUCAAAUGUAUAUUUUUCUCCGAAUUCCACACGACUGCAGGACCGAUAAUUACAUAUCAGGUUCCUGAAGACUAUUUGUCAAAAGAGGCAUUUGAUACUGUACAUGUAUACAUCAUCACAAAGCCUCAGCUACAAAACAGGCUAAUCACUAUCAAUGCACUUGGACACAAGAUAAUGGGCUGUCCUGUAUGUAUAGAGAACCCAAAGUAUCCUAGAAAUAUGCUCAUCUUUAACUUGUGCCUGGUUAUAGAUGCCACAGCCAGCACAGCUCCUUUUGAAAUUAUUGUCAAGAAACUGGCAGGCUACCUCACCAACUUAGAGCUUGAGAAUGAGUUUCUGUCCAAUGAAGAGCAGAAGUCUACUCUACCCAAUAUAAUGUCCAGAAUUCUCUCUGAACUCAAUAUGUCUGGAACCUGUAACAUCCCUAUAAAUAAAUCAAACACCAUCCACCUGAAGCUAGUCCUUCCACAUGAAGACGCCUUGGAGGUAGCAGACCACGAUGUGCCAAUAUUUCUCAGUUCUAAGAACAACUUUCAGAGAAAUCAGUGGGAUCUUACAACACAGCAGAUAAUUCCCUACAUUGAUGGUUUCAAUCAUGUGGCCAGGAUAUCAGUGGAAACAGAUGUUGAGAUAAACCUGGUGAAAGGUUGUGUGCAGAACUUACUGCAUUUCAAUAUCAUAGCAAUAAUCUCCAUAUUCCAGUAUUCUAAUGUGUACACGGUCACCCCAGAGAUCAACCGCCUGGCAGAAGACAAACAGAUGCAGGAAAGCUGCAUUAAAUAUGUGGCCAAGUCAGGGCGACAUCGGCCAUCUUUUCACAACGUAUUUAUGCUGUACUGCGGCCUCACCCCGGGGACCACUGUGAGAGACCUGUGUACUAGGUUCAAUCCCCAUACACUCAAAAUAGAUGAAAGAAAACUCAUCCAGUUUGGCAUGAUGAAAAAAUUAAUCAGGAGGCUACACAAGUAUCCACUGAAGCUGCCUAACGAAUCUGGUUCCAACAAGACAAAGCACCUGUAUAAAUGGUUCACAGGACGACAUCAUUAUGAUGACAUUUGCUGCAAGACAGGACUGAGCUACCAAGAGUUAGAUGAUAGAGUGGAAAGUGACCCUAGUGUUGUGACAUGCUGGAAGUGACACUGAACUUCAGACAAAGUUUGAAUGAAGUGAACAGGUUCAAUUAGCUGACUGUGUGUAUGAAGACAAGCUCAAAAUGGUUUGAUAUAUGUCAUAGAAUGCCUAAGCUCUGAAAAGAUUCAUAAUGUCCUUUCCGCAGUGGCCUUGGAAAUCAGCAAUAGUUAAAUGUGCCAAAUAACAAGCAAAACUGGAUCAUUUAGUGGUGGAGGCACAGUAGAGUUUCUCUGUUUUUAAAAGAACUAUCUAAUGUUACCUAAACGAUGAUAAAUAAGUGUGAGCUCCUCAGCCAGAUGGCUUUGAAUUAUCAUGGACCAGAGGAUGAAAGGAAAGAGAAAGAGACCGAGAAACCUGUUACAGAAAUGCCUGUUUAAGCGCACAUGCCAAUAAGUAUAGAUAAGUGUUGAACUAUUUUUGGCAAAUAAUAGCAUUUACACACAGGCAUGAAAAAGAACUAGGGAGAGACUGUUGAUUGCAAGGAGGGUACUACUCUGCCCUGAGAUAUUAUAUGUAAGUCUUUUUAUUAAAACCGACUUUUGUGAAUUGGGACAUUAUGCCCCAUGUGUAUUCAGUAUGAAAAGAAG